AAAAUGGAUUAUGGUUACUACUCCAAACAUAACCAUAUAAUUAAUGCAUCGAUUUAAAUUUUGAAUACGAAUAGAUUAAAAGCGGCGCCACUUUCAGAGUCAAGUAUAAUAGUUGAAAUACAUAAUUUUUAAAUUACAUACACGAUGAUUCUACGUCAAUUGUUUCGUUCGGUACAUACGAAUUAUGCACUCUGUUAUGCAUCAAAUAAAGCAUUAUUAAGCAAGUUACGCAAGAAGACUGGAUAUACAUUUUUAAAUUGUAAAAAGGCCUUAGACCUCCAUGACAAUGACAUGGAAAAGGCUGAACAAUGGCUGAACGAACAAGCUCAGUCUCAAGGUUGGAGUCAAGCAUUAAAAUUAAAAUCCAGAGUAACUUCUCAAGGUUUAAUAGCAAUGAUUACUAAUAAUAAUCAUGGAGCACUUGUUGAAAUUAAUUGCGAAACAGACUUUGUUUCAAGGAAUAAAAAGUUUCAUGAUUUAGCACAGAUUGUACUUAAUACUGUGUUACAACAUGGAAUGACAAUUGAACAAGAUUUAUUGGUCAAAAAAACCAUGUUAUCUACAGAAUCGAUAAAUAAAUUAUGUGCUAAUGAUGGUAAAAGUUUAAAAGAUCAUUCUGCAAUGACUAUUGGACUUAUAGGAGAAAACAUCGAUAUAAGACGUGCAUUAUGUAUGAGUGUACAACCAGGUGUACAUCUAUAUGGCUGUACCCAUCCAACUCCUGUAAACCCAGUGCCAUCAUCUUAUGGACGAUACGGAGUACUGGUGGCUCUAAAAUCUGAUGAAAACAAAGAAAUUCUAGGAAUGCAACUAUGCCAACAUAUUAUUGGUAUGAAUCCAGUCAAAAUUGGUGAUACAAAAGUUGAUAUACCUACAGACAAUGUAGAUGAUGAGCUUACUAUGCUGUAUCAAGAAUUUUUAUUUAAUCCUUCCUUGUGCAUACAAGAGUUAUUACAAACCGAGCAAGUUGAAGUUUUAGAUUUCGUACGUUUUGAAAUGGGUGAAAAUAAGCAAAUAUUGGAUAUUGUAGAAACCUGUGGUUAA